AUGCGAACAGGGACACGUCGUCUUCUUCUCUCGCUCGCCCAACGCUGCAAUCAAAAACUGAAAACCCUCACUCCCUGAGAAAACCAGGUGGAUUCAAAAUCACACAAAGCUCCAAGAAAAAGAAACAAAGGUGAAAACAUAAGAACUGAGAUCAGUAAAUUUUUUUUUUAAAAAAAAUCAGAAAUCGUUGAAAGAAAUGCGAGUCUUCAAAUUAGCGUCUUAUAAUAGUCGUAGCAAUUACUGGAAUGGCGUUUAUUCGCUUUGCCAGCAGUUGAGGCUAGGUUCGAUUCGUUGCGUCGUCACCAAUUGCAGGGCGGUGGUGCUCCCGCGGUUCGGUGGGCCCGGCGUGCUGGAGCUUCGGCCCAAUGUAUCGGUCCCUGAUCUCAAGCCCAAUGAGGUCCUCGUCCGUGCUCGAGCUGUCUCUAUCAAUCCUCUCGAUACCAGAAUGCGAUCUGGUUAUGGCCGUUCCAUAUUUGAACCACUUCUGCCCAUCAUAUUAGGUCGUGAUGUUAGUGGUGAAGUUGCAGCUGUUGGCAGUUCAGUGCGGUCGCUAACUGUUGGUCAAGAAGUUUUUGGUGCGCUGCAUCCAACUGCUGUGAGGGGUACUUAUACUGACUAUGCAGUUCUUUCAGAAGAUGAACUUACUCCAAAACCAUUGUCAGUUACUCAUGUGGAAGCGAGUGCCAUUCCUUUUGCAGCACUGACUGCCUGGCGUGCUCUAAAAAGUACUGCUAGGAUAACUGGAGGGCAGAGGCUAUUAGUUGUGGGUGGGGGAGGAGCAGUAGGUUUUGCUGCAAUUCAGCUUGCAGUGGCUGCGGGGUGCCGCGUUACAACUACCUGUGGAAGUCAAAGUGUAGAUCGGAUUCUGGCAGCUGGUGCUGAGCAAGCUGUUGACUACACUGCGGAGGAUAUUGAAUUGUCAAUAAAGGGGAAAUUUGAUGCUGUCUUGGAUACUAUUGGUGUACCAGAGACAGAAAGAAUAGGGAUCAAUUUUUUGAACAGAGGAGGAAAUUAUAUGACACUUCAGGGUGAGGCAGCAUCAUUGGCUGACAGUUAUGGAUUAGCAAUUGGGAUUCCUGUAGCUACGGGUAUUUUGUUGAAGAAACAGCUUCAAUAUCGUUAUUCUCAUGGAAUAGAAUAUUGGUGGACGUAUAUGAGGGCUGACUCAGAAGGUUUAGAUGAGAUCCGAAGGCUAGUGGAAGCUGGAAAGCUAAAAAUACCCGUGGAGAAAACGUUUCCAAUCACACAAGUGAAGGAGGCUCACGAGGCCAAGGACAGGAAGCACAUUCCUGGUAAAGUAGUAUUGGAACUCAACUGAAGUAUAAUUCGACAAGCUGGUUCUAAUGUCCUCAUUCACAAAUCAUUUAUGCUAAUUUAGCUUUUGUGUUUAUGUAAAGGUAUUAUCUACGGUUCUCUCAUGGUACGGUGCCCUUAUAUCACUGUUGGAUGCCACUACUUAAUUGUACGAAACAGAAUUCAGCAGUGGAUAAAUAUAAGGGUACAGUAUCACGUGCUAUCGGGCACCGUAGAUGAACUCUUUAUGUAAAUGUUCUUUUUUAGUUUUGACCUUUCCUCUGGAGAGGGGUUACUGUAUUGUGAGUCCUCUUCCUCUUUCUAUAUAGGACUGAGUUUGGUUCAGUAUCUAAUUCUUAGGUUGGUCUUAGUACUCACAAUUAAGAUAUGAUUUGCUAUACUUGAAUUACUCUCAUCCGCAUCUUGAACGUUUUGAUGGUAGAAAUUCAGUUCCUACAUCUAAGGUGUAGAUUAAAUUCUAAUCAUCAAUAAGUUGAAAGUGUUGGUGGUGGUGGUAUUUCAAAUAUAACAUUUUGUAUUUCAAUAUGUAUAUGAAGACCAACAUGAGAAUUAAAACUAGAAAUUAAACGAGGGUAACUUUGGAAUUCAGUUAGGACUUCAGAAGUUGCAAAACUCUGA